AUGGGUUUCUUUAUGAGAGAUGGCAAAUAUGUCUAUCCGGAAUACAACGUUUGCACAUCCAAGUGGUGGAAGGGUGUGGUAGCGUACGGGUACACUGCUGCGUUGACAGGGAACUUCAAAUAUCUGGUCUGGAGUGGGGAGAUAGAUGUGGACUACGAAGAGAAACAUAUUGAAGUGGUAGCUAUACAUAACAUUAUAGGUUUGCAAAAAGAGGCGAAUAAACAUUGGCGUGAUGGCUUGGAAGAGAUCCUGUGGCUAGAGACCAAAGCAGGGUACAGCUAUGCUUUAAUGGAACCAGAGGAGUGGUACGAUCACACUAAAUGGGAGGCGGUCAUUUGCUCGUGGCAAAAUCUGCCAAGCGGCCUGAGUCAAGCUGAUCCAACCUUUACUCGUCUGUCUCCAGAAGAUCAGCGUCCCACCUGGUUUUCGGAUGCAGAAGGUUUAAAGGCCUGGAAGUUUCUUGUCGACUCCCAUAAAAAAGAUAUUGCCGGUGCGAAGAAGGGAGCUGGCGAGGCCAAAGAAGCAAAGAUCAAAAGCAAGGAUGCAAUAGACGCCUCGGACAUGCCAAGGCUCUCAUCCGGUACCUCGCGAUCUCCAAGCAGAUCUUCGACAGUUGCUGGCAGCAAGCGGAAGCGUAACCCUAGCUUAGGUACACGAGAGGGCCUGCGAUCGAGGAGGACCCGAUUGUCGUAUGCCGAAAACUCCGAAGGUUCAGAAAAAAACUCUGAAGAUACCGAGGAAGACUCUGGCAAGGAUGGUGAAGGGAGCCUUGAUCGGCAAGCUGCCUCCCCCAGAAAUUCCGACUCUCACCAUCCUGGCUCCAAAGGCUUCGAUCCCAAAGUCUCUAGCUCCGAGGGCUCUGGUUCUGAGGACUCUGGCUCUGGUUCCGAGGACUCUGGUUCCGAGGACUCUGGUUCCAAGGACUCUGGUUCCGAGGACUCUGGUUCCGAAGACUCUGGUUCCGAAGACUCUGAGGACUCUGGUUCUCAGAGCUCGAGUUCUGAUGAUGUGACUGUUCGAAUUGUACCAAGUGCGAAGAAUGUUUCAACAGAGUCUAAGGGAAAGUCCCAAUCGUCUCCCAGUCCAAUCGUUAUCGAUAGCUCAGACUGUGAUAUGGAAAUAGCACCCAAUAACACACCACAGGACAAGCAAAAGGUGGGUUGCACUGAGAACGAGAACAAAGACAAACCAUUGGACGCCGGCAAAGAUAUUCAUGGCUCCAUUAAUAUCUCAUCUGACACCCUAGUUGUCCGCUCCUCAUCAUCUCCUCGCCGUGCUGUGGCAUCUUCUCCUCGCCGUGCUGUGGCAUCUUCUCCUCUCCGAGCUGUGGCAUCUUCCUCUCGCCGUGCCAUGACAUCUUCUCCUCGUCAUGCUGUGACAUCUUCUCGUCGUGCUGUGGCACCUUCCAAUCCUCGUUCAGUUGUGGUACCUGAUGGCUCGGACGCUAAAAUGAUUACCGCUGGCCAGUCAUCUGUUGCGCUGGAUGCCACCCGUGCUGCUGUUUCAACAACUUCCAAAGUGGCUGGAAAUUCUCCCUCCACCGCACCUGAUCCAGACGAGGAUGAAUUUGAUCUGGAUAAUCAGCGGAGGGGAAAAUGCUCUUGGUUCAGCUGCAGGAAGGCCCCACGUACCGCUCGUUGCACAGCUGAGACAGACAAUACCCUACUGGAUGUGGAUGAACUGGUCUCGGCAUCAUUCAAGCAAGUUCAAUUUGCAAACGAGGACGUUGUUGAAUAUAUGGCAGAGAUUAAUGCCUCAGGGAUAGAGGACAGCUACGAAGGCAACGGCGAUGGCGCUGGAAGCGGUCUGAAGGAAGGGACAAAGAUGCCAAUGGAUGAUGAGAUGGCUGGCAACCGUAAGACCACCAAACGUUGGGGCCGUGCUAGCGGCUCUAACAUUUACUCAAAGCCACAGGAACAGAUCAUCAUUGGAGGGGUCAAGAAUUAUCGCCCUUCCCAAGAAGCACCAACAACUGGGAGUGUAUCAAAGAUAAGUACAAUUAUGGCAAAAAGAAGGAAACCAACCAACAACGGAGAAGGUUCCAAGAUCCACGAUGCUGUCCUUCAGCUCGAAGCAGAGCGCCUUGCUCAGGAAGAAACCGUUGACCUUGACGAUGGGGAGUGGUUGGACUCUGACAAAGCUUUGGAGCCUUGCAUGAAGUCCGAGUCCGACGCUAUCGUCACCCCGCUCCCCCUCCUUUUGUUCGUUCCAAACCCAAUAAUGAAAACGCAGCUCCCCUUCCAAUCAUUUGUGCCGGCUAAGCGAAAGGCGAGUUUGAGUGCGACAGCCAAGGAAAGUGUGAUGGCCGAGUUGGGGAUAACUUACUACGCUGCCAAGGCCGUGCAACUAAGCAAAGUUGAGUCGACUGCCGGUCGCUGCUGGGAUGUACAAACCACACUUGACCAUAUUUGUGCCACACUUUGGCCGCAAUUGCACAAUCGAACAACUCAAGAAGGGGUGGAUCAACGCCAAGGAGUAAUGCCGCCGACUGGAGCACCAGGCCGACAACGUUGUUAUGACCAUGUCGAUUUACAGGAUCGCUAUCCCUAA